GAAUGUACUUAACUCAGACAAGUCAGACAGAUAUUUAUACAACACAAUAUUUGAUCAGAUUUGAUUUAUCUUGUGUGCAAACAAUGGUGCAAUAUCAAUUAAAGCCGGUAUUAAGUUACCUAUAAUUAUGAUAACUUAUAAGCAGGGCUGGAGACUUGCAGCAUUUGCUAAUUAUUUUUGGCUCUAGCAGAUAAUGUCACGGAAACUCAUGUCAAUAUGUCACAAUGAUCUCAAAUAUUAGGCCCAAAGGAUAUAUUAUAUUCAAGCGGUACCCAUUGAUGAGGAAUAAUAAUAUAUCUCUUUUCACACAACAAUAAAACGCACGCGUUUACAACAAACAAUUGGUAUAAUGUACUAUAAUGGGUGCAAUAAAAUAAAAGAAGUCUCCACCUACUGACCAUCGAGUCAUUUCUGUCGGCGGGACCGUUCGAAAAUUUCUAAAAUUUUACCUGCCCAGUCACUGGGCACUCAGGUGUGAACGAGACAACACUAAUGUGAGAAACAAAAAUGUGCGUUACCUGUUAAUUGUGUUUUCGUGUAUUGAAUAUUUCUUGGUCCAAUUGUGUUUGUAUCGAGAAAACAAAAAACAAAACAAAAAAUGAAUAUGAAUACGAGAGAAAUGACUUCUUCCGAAUUACAGAACUUGACUUGGGGCAAAAGGCAUCCAGUGCGAUCAAGAUUGUUGGAUGCUCAACUUUGGUCCGAAUUCUUAGCGAUCAACAAUGAAAUGAUUGUCACAAAAACAGGAAGGAGAAUGUUUCCGGUGAUCAAAACGCAAGUUACCGGAUUAUGUCCAGGAGACAUGUACACUGUAUUUUUGGAGUUUGUGCAAGUGGUUGGUCAACGAUGGAAGUACAUUAACAGUGAAUGGUCUCCGACUACCACGUCGGACCCAGCCACAAAGAAUCCAUUUUAUAAACACCCAGAAUCACCAAAUUUUGGCAAACAUUGGAUGGAUCAACCAAUUUCAUUUGCUAAAAUCAAACUCACCAACAGACCGGAUAACCCGGGACAGACUCACUUAAAUUCGUUACACCAAUAUGAGACCAAACUUCAUAUAGUCAAAGUUGGAGAUCCGGAUGACGUACAAAUUUUUGCGAUGCCGCAGACCAGGUUUAUGGCAGUCACGGCAUAUCAAAACGAAGAGGUGACUAAACUUAAAAUCAAAUAUAAUCCAUUUGCCAAAGCGUUUAAAGACACUAAAGUCAAAGUUGAGGAAAAGGAUAGAAGAGAACACCAAGAUGUUUAUCAGCCUGCACUUGGAUAUGAAAGUAGCUUGAACUUUUCCUACCAAGAGAAUUAUAAUGCAACAACAUCUGACGAUUGGUUGUCUCAGUACGGAGGCCAAAGAGAACCGGUGAACCGAUGUCAAUGCACAGCUUGUUAUUUCGUUAAGCCACAAGUAAAUCAUAAAAAGUGUGUAGUCAUUAACAGUUCUGGUCAAGACUAUGAACACGCCGCAUAUCAGCCAUCAUCCUAUAGUUGGACUCAAUUGGGAGGAUAACGUAAAAUAUAUAUAGUUCACAUAUUUUCACAGCCUGAUAUGUUGACUGUUUUAAUUUAAUUUUUAUUUGAUUUGGGUUAUAUUUUGUAUAAAUUAUAUUAUUAAUUAUUAUCCAUUGUUUUAGUUGAUGUGAAUGUAUAUCUAUAGAAGGUACAUAUUCGAUUUGGGGUGAAUAAAAAUAUCUACUCAUAUUUGUCAAUUAGUAAUUAAAAAAUUACUUUGUCUGAAUGUGCAUCAAUGAAAUCAAUUUUUUUUUUCUAAAAUCUAAGUAAAAUAAUUACUAACGUGCAUAUUAUUCCUAAAACAGAGCUCGUAAGCUACCCAAUUUAAUAGAAUAAAUAACAAUUUGUUUUUAAAUAGAAAAUAGUUUAACAUGACUAUUAUUAAAUACAACUAAUCGAUAUUCAAUAUAUUAAUAUCUUCAACAAAACAAUCUUAACAUAAUAAUUACUCAAUUGAUACAUUUUUUAAUAUUUUGUUUAGAAGAGAGGUGGCCAACAGGUUGGUAUCAACAUGAUUUUGAGUCAAUUACAAGUCCCUUUCCUUACAACCUUUUUUUCAUGAUAUAAACAAUAAUAUGGUAUGAUCACAAAAGUAUAGAUAUGGUUCAAAUCCUGGCAAGACGUCAUUUUGCUUAUCUGUUUUAUUAUAUCUUCAUUAAAUUAUCAUUUCUAUAUACUUCACUACGUCACGGGCUUACCGAAAAAUCUGACAGUCAAAAAGUUACGACUUACCUUGUUUUUCAUAUCAUGAUUUUUUAGUAAUUUAUUCAUUUAUUUAAUCUUCGUUCUAUUACUGUGUGGUCUUUCGCGUAUCGACAUGUAGUCUUCCGCGUUCCACUAGUGGUACGCGCACCAUAGUUUGAGAAACUCUGAUCUAAACUAUAGAUAAUAUUUCUUCAUGUCUUUUAAAUUAUGUAUUUACAUACAUUUAUUUUUAUAAUUGUCAAAUACUUAUU